AUGGAUGGUAUUCAAAUGGAGCCAAUCGGCAAGUAUAAGGCCGAUCGUAACGGGUCCGCUAAGGCGGCCGCCUGGCGUAACAUGGUUGACCAAGAUCUUGAUGACGUGGCUUUUUUGGCUGAUACAGACAAAGCAAGGGAAGCACGUGAAAUAGGAGAUGCGCCGGUAGCCGUGUGUUCUCAAAGGCGAGCAUUAUGUCUGGCAGCGUUGGUCUUUUCAGCAAUGUUUGCAACUGCCCUACUAGUGGUAUAUGCGACGCCACAACCUGAAUGUCCUUGUGCAGUAGAAAGUGACUUGCUUCCUGGCCAGACUCCCACAGGAUCUGAAGAGAAUGCGACAUCCGCUAAUAAGGAAAGGAUAGCAAGCAACGGUAUGGUAUAUCCGUGGCGCGGCGCGAGACUGCCUACGUUCUUGAUACCGAAGCACUAUAGUCUGUGGUUGCACCCUAAUUUGACGACGGGAGAAUUGAGGGGUGAAGUAUCGAUAGAUUUUAAAGUGGACAGAGACACUACUUUCGUAGUUUUAAAUGUCCGUGAUAUGAAUGUGACCGAGAGAGCGCUAUUUAAAACUGGGGGCUCUUUAGGGCCUAAAGUCGUUAAGUCAUUAGAUUACCCUCCGGCUGACCAGACGUAUAUCGAAUUUAAGGAAAAACUUCGACGUAAAUUCAACUAUACAUUGAGUCUUCGGUUUAUCACGAAGUUGGAGCGCAAUGAUAAGCAAAGAGGAUUUUUCUUGGCGGGAACUAAUAGACAUCGCUGUGCAGUAUCUCGGUUUUGGUUGACGCACGCGCGGUCGGCCUUCCCCUGCCUCGACGAGCCACACCUCCGGGCCACCUUCAAGCUGACCAUCGUUAGAGAUAGAUUCCACGUAUCUCUAACAAACAUGCCGAUAGUCGCUACUGAGGAGGCUGGUUUUUAUUUAGGACAUAGAUUGCUGCAAGAUGAAUUCGCAGUCUCACCCCCAAUGUCCACUCAUAUGAUGGCGUUAGCUGUAUGUCGACUUCAACGACGCGCCGCGCCUUCAUUAACUGAAGUCAACGGUAAUGGAAAUGAAGUCAACGGUAAUGGCAAUGAAGUCACCGGUAAUGGCAAUGAAGUCGCAGUCACUGAAGCCCCAUCGGACGACGCGCCGCUACCUCCACCGGAGAUUAGCCUGUACAGUGACAAACAAGUUAUAUUGGAUGAAUCUGGACCGCUACUAGAAUGGGUACAAAGGACCAUCCAACUCUUCGCCUUCGAGUUAAACACUUCUUACCCCUUACCUAAGUUUGAUAUUGUGGUAGUGGAAGGUGGGAAUCAGUAUUCAGAAGGAUGGGGACUGAUAACAUUAGCGCCAUCCAUGUUAUCAGAUACUAAGGUCAUAGCGAGGCUAUUAGCUCAACAGUGGUUCGGAGGCCUAGUUUCUCCUCGCUGGUGGAGCUCUCAGUGGCUUCUCGAAGCCCUGACCUCCGUCUUAGGGGAGAAGGCCCCCGCCAUUAGCGGAGGUCCCGCAGAGAGACAGCAAGACGCGUUGUUAUUGGACCACGUGUUACCUGCUCUUAGGUUAGACUCCAGUUACUCGGUGAGGGCCGUAGCCUCACCCAGACUCGAGAGGGCGGACAUUGAGUCGGCUACAGAUGAAUUGUCCUUACAUAAGGGUGCAGCGAUAGUGAGCAUGGCGAUAGAAGCAGCGGGGCAGGAGGCGGGGCGCGCCGCGCUGGCGCGUCUGCUGCGCGAGCACCGCGCCGCCAGCGCCGACGCCAGGGACCUGUGGCGCGCCCUGCAACGCGACAGCGCCGACGAUGCGCCCGCGCACGCGUGGGACGGCUGGUGCGAGCGCGCCGGCUACCCGCUGCUGUGCGCGCGGCGCGCGGGCUCAGACGUCGUCGUCAGGCAGGAGAGAUUUGUAAUGUCGGCGGCGCCCCCGGUGCCGGAGCCGCCGGUCGCCGACCAUCUCCUCACCCUCGACCUGAGAGCUGAACUGGACGAGCUGUUCUUUGAGCCUGAAAACUUCACGGAAAUAAGUGAAGAAGAUGUGAAUUCAACAACAACAACCCCGGCGCCGACGACAACGACUACAGUCAGGACGACGAAGGCGCCGCCCGCGCCGCGGUGGGUCAUCCCCGUCACCUUCUCCGUGGGACCCGUCGUUGAGGAAGAACUGGAGAAUAUUACCAAACUGUGGAAGAACACCACGGAGAGUAUCCAGAAUGGGACUUGGUACGAUAUAGGCAACGAUACGAAACACUCGUCAAGAUGGUUGGAAAAUAUCACUUAUUUAAUCUGGAUGAAUGACACUGAGAUGGUAAUACCGGAGCUCGGUAAGCACAAGUGGGUGCGAUACAACGUCGGCGCGAGGGGACUUUACCGCGUCGCGCCACAAGACAGGAAUGCCGGAGAGACAGCAGAAUCAGCAGCAAAAAGAGCAGAAGAAUUAUACGAGAGUGGAGAACCAGCAGAACGAGCUUUACUUCUAGAUGAUGCGUUCGUCCUCAGCCGGGCGGGCAGGCUGCCCGCCAGCAGGGCCAUCGCCGCCGCUGCGCAUCUAACUACCGAACGGCACUGGGCGGUAUGGCGCGUGGUGGUUGGACAUCUCUCCUGGUGGAGGGAACUGCUCCAAGUGGCUGCAUCAGGCCCUCACCUCCAGAAAUUGCUGAGCACUCUCCCCCCGACUCUGCCGCUGUAUUCUAAUCAGGAGUUGACAGAUCCAGGGAUCGAUGAGGAGCAGCUUUGGUUAAGCGGUGCAUUGCUGAUGGCAGGAGUGGAAUGGGGCAACGAAAACGUGACGCAACAAGCCUUAGAACUGUUUGAAGCUUGGCUAAACGAAAAUGAAACUAUACCAGAAAUAUAUCAAGAGGCAGCGUUCACGGCGGGCGUGCGGCGCGGCGGCGCGCGGGCGUGGCGCGCGUGCUGGCGCGCGCUGCUGGCGUCGCUGCGCGCGCCGCGCCCCGCGCUCGCGCACCGCGCCGUGCUCGCCGCGCUCGCCGCGCCCGCCGACGACUGGCUGCUCUACAGAUUUGCCUACACGGUUUUAUCAAGUGAAGCGCAAAGAGGUCGGGAUUGGAAGAUGUGGGUGACCGCGUUAUGUGCAGGAGUUUGUAGAUGGCGCGGGGCAGCGGGUAUCUGGAGGAUACUGAAUAUAACAACGCUGCCGCCUCAAGCUCUGCAAGCGGCUGCGCGCUGCUUACACCAACCCCGGGACUAUUAUAGGUUCAAGGAGCUAUUCGGGUCUCAGCGCGGCGCCGCGGCCGCUCUCGACACGAUAGCACUGAACGCGGCGUGGGUGUCGCGCGCGGACGCGGACCUACUCGCCUACUUCAAUGCGAUACACAGACGGACUGAC